UUCCACCCUGAACAAUAGCUGGUUUCUCUCCACAAAGACCACAGCUACACAGAAGGACAGAUAGCAUACUUGGACAAAGCAGGAUCCCAGCAUCAGAACAUCAGUCUCAAAUUCAUCCAGGACUGUCCUUGUGAGGCCUCUGGGAUUUACAUCAAAAACGCCCAGAGAAAGAAGACUCAAGACACGAAAGCCUGGGAUCAAGGAGAAACAUUGCUCUAAUCUGGUAGCUUUGACGAGCAUUUUUAGCCCCCACCAUACUUUGGGCAGCGAGCUGGCUGUUGCUGGCCGGGGUUGUGUGGGAGUGUAACCCGCUGACGGUGAGGAGCUGAUGGAAUGUGCUGUGCUGGACUCAGGACGCAUUCAACUGACAUUCACGCCUGGGGUCCCCACUCUACCUGGGGUGGAAAUGCUUUGUGAGAACCUAAACUACUACUCGCUGAGCUGACACAUACACAUACACAGUCUCUCUCACACACACGCAAACACACGCGCACUCGAACGUAAACACAGGCACAUAGUUCUUUACACACGGGACUAAAUCUAUUCCAGUUUGUGCCAAUUAUAAUGCUGGAUGGAGCAUUCCAAUAAGUGACAUCAUUGGAAUUGGCUGACGCACAAUGGCACACUGCUCAAGACAUAAAGACCACUGGAGCCUGCACUGAGGAAUUAUCUGCUGUCAGGACCUGCGCUGGGGAGAUAGGGAGAGCCAGAGCGAGCUCGGGCCACCGCAAGGUGAGGGUGCCCGAGAACAGGGAGGACCGGAACACAACGAUGGCAUCCUCCACCCUCCAGAUCCUCGCCUUUGCCCUGGCGCUGCUGGGUGCCCUCGGCGCCACGGUGGCCACGCUGCUGCCCAACUGGAAGGUGAGCGCCGACGUGGGCACCAACAUCAUGACGGCCAUCUCCCAGAUGCAGGGGCUGUGGAUGGACUGCACCUGGUUCAGCACGGGCGUGUUCAGCUGCACGCUCAAGUACUCGGUGCUGUCGCUGCCCGCCUACCUGCAGACGGCCAGGACGACCAUGGUGCUGUCCUGCAUGAUGGCUUCCCUGGGCCUCUGCCUCGCUGCCCUGGGGCUCAAAUGCACCCGCUGGGGGGGCAGCCACCGUGCCAAAGGACACACGGCGAUCGCCGCAGGGGGGUGCUUCAUCCUGGCUGGCAUCCUCUGCCUGGUGCCCGCCUCCUGGUUCACCAACGUGGUCAUCACCAGCUUCCUGGACUCCAACGUGCCGGAGAGCAGCAAAUAUGAGCCUGGAGGGGCGGUGUACGUGACCUUCGUCUCCGCCGGGUUCCUCCUUGCCGGGGGGGUGAUCUUUUGUUUGUCGUGUCCCGGGAAAAGAGAGGGGCAGCUGGACUACACUUCGUCCACGGACCCCAAUAAACUGCUCCAGCAGCAGCUGCGGCAGGAGCAGCUCCAGCGUGACCAGCUCCAGCGCGAGCGACUGCAACGCGAGCAGCAGCAGUGCCGUGAGCAGCAGACGCUCCAGGAGCCGGCGAGCCGAGAUCAGCUACACCGGGACAAAGCAGCUCACGAGAAGCUCCAACCAGACGAUCUGGACGAGGAAAAGCCUCCGAAGGACCCCCUCCACCACGACCAGGAGCCGCAGUACUACUCCCCUUCAAGAGUUCCUCCCAAAGACGCCAGGGCUGGCUACAGCUUGCAGGACUACGUUUAAGGAACCCUCCCCGACGUUUCCCCUUGUUUUGCGGGCUGAGACUGCGGUGGACUUCAGUUCUGGACGCCUUUUGUGAUGGGAGAGAGAAAGAGAGAGUGGGGGAGGAAAUAUAGAGGGGGGGAAGGCGGAGGAGGGUAAUGGCUGUGAGAGCCUUAUCUCCCACGUUCAUCUGGUCUAUCUCAUACUGCAGGAGGAGGCUGUAGGGGUAUUCUGAAAGCCUUGGAAAAGACUGCUUGCAUAUCCAGGCGCUUCAGGCAAAUGCCUCGUUCGCUGCUGCGGGUGAUGAGUAGUGAAGACGAGGGUAGGAGGUGUCACAAACAUUGCACAUGCACAGCACGCGUGCUGGAAAUCCAGACAAAAGUUCCUUUUAAAAGUAAAAGCUUUUCCAUACCAAAGGUUUCAAUAGAAAGAAAGUGUUGAUCGUCUGCUGCCGAUAAAAAUAAAAAAAUGAACUGAAGUUUGCUUCAAAAGCUUUGGAACUGUCUGCAAGGGAAAAUUUAAAAGCCAUUCUUCACAAGCGCGUGUCUUUUAGAACCCAUUUGCCUGGUGAGAUUAAAUAGGUCUUACCAUCCUCAAUCAUCUUUCUAAAGCUAACAGACUGAUUGAUAUUCAGUCUACGCAUGCUAUGUACUGUAGCUUGUUUAAUAAUGCAUUGGAAUGCUGCGUAGUUGCUGAAACAUAGCUACUAAUGCUUGUGCCUAAAAUGUGUUUUAAUAGGAUCUUGCUCAAAGUAUUUAUAGAGUGAAAAUGAAUAUUGUCAAAAUGAACAUAGACUGAAACAUCCAGUCCAUGUUUGGCUGAGAGUCAUGAGGGAGUGUUAAGGUCCAGGCUCAGGCUGUCGGAGAUAAUGACGCUCUUUGCUUUCCCAUUAUCCUCUCUUCACGGCUGGAUGCACAUCUCUCAUUUACUGCACACGCACACACACUCGUCCUCUCCCUUUCCAUCGCUCCUCUCUCUGCAAGGUUGCAAGGGGAAAAGGACUUUGCACCCAAUCAUCUUUAAGAUGUGUGUCCGAAUGUCAUUGCUGGGGGGGGGGGGGGGGGGGGGCACGGUGGUGGGGACUAUUCUAAGGCCAGUGGUGGGCUGUUCCCUCUUGUCCACGGUAAGUCAUAGAAGCCUUCAGUGAAACCUGCCUCCAGCCCCUCCCCUAGGGGCCUCGGCCCCCCCGACUCCCCCUAAAGUGUUACCUAAACCAGCCUUCACCCUGCCUCAUUCUUUAUUUCAUCAGAAGAACCGUUCGGACUGGAUUGAAAAGGAUGUCAUGUGAGGUGUUAAAAGUAGGACAUUGAUCUCAGGCAUGAGUAGCUCUAGUUUGCUUUGCUGCUCAUUUGGUAAAAAGGGACAUGGGCACAAUACCUCCAGAGAGUUCAGCUCCUUUACAGCUCGUUUUUUUGGUGUCCCUCAUGCUUGCCUCACGUGUCAGCACAUAUGCUCUCUUUCUCUUAUCUGAUAUUAAAGUAACAAGGGCUCCUUUGAAAAACAACACUGUUCUCUUAUCAAGGAUGUCUGCAACAUACACAAAAGAAAUCCUGAAAAUUGCUCAUGCUUUGCAUUUUGCUUGUGCUUUUUUGCUAUUCGAUGUGCACUUUAGAGGCUUACAUUUAGGCUUGUUUUGAUCCAUUUGACUGGUUUGUUUCAUUGCCGUUCAGGUCAGGAUUUUAGGUUUUUCUAAUCAUGUAAAGGCAUGAUCGUUAAUCCACAAGCCAUUUAAACCGAAAAUAAUGUUUUAUUUAAGAAUGUUUUUGAUUGUUUGUCUAUGAUACAGAGCUUCAUGGAACAGUUCAGUUGUUCUAUAAAGAGUGUGAGGACAGAACAGCAUACUACAAUGGGGAUAGUAUAUGGGCCACACAGAACUGUAAAAAAUCAUGUUGACUGCAAUACUCUGGUCUCUAUGUCUCUCAUCAUCACAAUUUAUGUGUGAGUGUGCACAAAUGCUACUGUUAUCCUACAUGUGGCAGCAAUUCAAAAACCUGUAUGCAUCAUUAAAGCAAAUGUGUGUACUGAUCCAAAAAGUGUUGAUUCAG